GACGUGGAAGUAGUGAAGUUUGCGUGGCGGACCUGUAACAGUGGAUAUCUCUGCACAGUUGUUUCUUUUCUUGUGCUGACAGUCAUGUUAACAUUGGCGCAAAAGCUGUUCAGCUGUUGAGUUAAAAGCGAAAAACAUUUUCUGCUGCAGACGUGUUCCUUUUAACCUGGCUUCUCAGGAUCUCCAUUCAGCCUCGUAUUACAUUUUAUUUUCUAUUGACAUUGUUGUCAGUGUAAUGCUAACGACAACAAUAUAACCGUCGGUAGGGGUACACAACGUAUUACGUUGGCGAUUUUGAAGUAUGCCCUCUCCAAGUCAUAUUCGUUGCGGAAUCAGAUAGUUAGCAGUUCUCCAGCAAGACAGGAGUAGGCAAUCGGUAGACUAUAACAUUGUCUGGCAGUCGACACCACCAGCCACUUAGUUGUUAGCUCAGUUGCAAGUAGAGCUUCGCGAUGGCACCCAUGGGUAUCAGAUUGUCCCCUCUUGGUGUGGCUGUGUUCUGUUUGCUAGCAGUGGGAGUCAUUUAUCACCUCUACGCAGGAGUGAUAUCAAGCAGAAUAAAUUCCUUCAGACAGCAGAAAAAAGUGAAUUUGCGGGAUUUAUUAGCUCUUUCUAUCGAAGCUGCUGUCGCAGGUGGACUCGAAGUGAAGAGAAUUCGUGAGGACAGUGCUCUCGAAGAGAGGUCCAAGGGGAAGACCAAGGAAGGGGCCAGUGAGAAACUAACAGAAGGAGAUCUGAGUUCUCAUCGCAAAAUGUAUUACCUCUUCAAAGACACAUACCCAUUUCUUCAGGUUAAUUCGGAGGAGCACGAUGAAGUGGAAAAUCACGAUGUUUUGUGGUCUCGUAAAAUUCCCAGUGAUGUCCAGCAGAAGAUAAAAACAAGUAAAGAAGUGGAUGCAGAUAAGAUCAUUGUUUGGAUUGACCCACUAGAUGCAACACAAGAGUACACAGAGAACCUCAGGAAAUAUGUUACAACUAUGGUCUGUGUGGCUGUAGAUGGCAAACCUGUCAUUGGUGUGAUUCACAGCCCUUUCACACAAUACACAGCUUGGGCUUUGGUUGAUGAAGGUGCCAAUGUCACUGCACGAUCCAAGUACAGCAGCAGUGCACCCAAGGUCAUUGUGUCCCGUUCUCAUGCAGGCAAAGUGAAGGGCUUCAUAGAGGAUGCUUUUGGAAAUAAUACCGUCGUCAUUCCAGCAGGGGGAGCAGGUUACAAGGUGCUUGCUCUUCUUGACCCUCCUGGCGAGGAUUACGAUGAAGCAGAUAUCUAUGUGCAUACCACCUUCAUUAAAAAAUGGGACAUUUGUGCUGGUGAUGCCAUUCUAAAAGCACUUGGUGGCCACAUGACUACUCUGAAAGGAGAAGACAUUGAUUACAAGGGGUCUGAGAAAAAUUAUGACGGAUUGGUUGCCAGCAUCAGUCUGGACCACAAAGCUCUUGUGAACCGGUUAUCUACUUCUGAGAAACACUAGCUGUUCCGAGCUGUUUAGAAUGUUAAAAUACACGGAUGAAGAAAAACCCUUGAAUCAAAUGUCAAGCUAUUACUUUUAUAUAUCUGAUGUAACAUAAACUAUUCCAGAAUAGUUUUUCAUUGGUCCUGUUUAGCUUGGCUGGAAAAAAAAUGACCAGGGAGGUUUUGUUGAGUGCCUUUGGCAUUAGAAAAACGAGCAUGAUGUAUUCAACUGUAUUACACAGGUCACACAUACCUUGUUUUUUUCGGGUUUGUCAGUGGGUUUCAGAUCUGAAGAAAGACAUCUAUGAUUAAUGUCUCAUCUUGAUUCAUGGGUUUGUAAAUGAUUUUAAAGAGUAGGUAAAAUUAAUCAUGUUUGUUGCCGUCACAGUUUUGCCAUUUGCUCUCUUGACAUUCUUUUAAUAAUUUUGCAAAUGUCAAAAUGUUGCAAAAUGUCAAUUUUGCAAGUGUGACCUGCUGUUACCCUCGGUAUAUGACAUUUCCACCUGUUUUGAACAUCUGUAUUUAUUAAACAGGGUUCACACUG